GAGCUAAUAAGGCUGUCGCGGCAGCAUUAUUGGUAGAAGCGGCAGAUAUGGGUGAUGCUGAUGCACAAUAUGCACUGGGUUGUCAUUUAAGAGUAGAGAUGAGGUAUAUGACCUUGGGGAGGACAAUAGUGGGCUGAUGUGCAUAUGGACCGGCUUGGUUGGGAUAUUAGGUACCAAAUAUGUGUGUGUAAGCCCAAUUGGCUUAGGCCCAUUUGGAGUAAUCAAAAGUAGAAGAUUAGAGGAGAUAGUUAGUUACAGGAGAGAGAACGGGUAGAGUUGGUUAUAAAGAGGGUGGAAAGUAAGAGUAUAGGUAUCGGGGAGAAAUCAUUUGUUUUAGUUAUGGACAGAGAAUAUUGUUCUCUGUAGGAGCUUGGCUCUGGGGUAGAUUGGGAUUCUUCCCUUUCUGCAUCUUAUAUUUCAUCAUUAAUCAAAUUCCGUUUAUUUCCUAAAGUUUUACUGUUUUAUUUCUUUAAUUUCUGUUUCGGAAUUUCGGGAUCCUAACAAUGGUCCGACCUACCGGAUGCAUCGAGGAAGAGCCAGUGACGUUGUCGGAGAAGGUACUUCCAAUCUUUGAUGGAACGGAAGACGCUUACUGGUGGCUGAUCCAGUUGGAUCGGUACUUUGAAGCCAACCGCUGGAUUUCAGAAAAGAUGAAAGUAGACUGGGUGACUCUGUUUGCAUUGAGAGGAGAAGCUUCUUUAUGGUGGUAUUCUUGGAAGAAAAACCAUCAAAGUGCAACAUGGAAGGAAUUUGAAAUGGCCUUUAUCAAGAAUUUCAUCCCAGAUCUGUGGGAUAUGCUUGAAGUUGCAGAGGAUGAGGAGAACCAGGGCGAUGACCACAUUCUAACUGAAAAUAAUGAGGAGUCAAAGAAUAGUGGUGUUGAAUCGGUGAUAGAGGAAGACCAGAUGUUAGUUGACAAGAGGAAUGAAGAAGAGGAGAUCUCAACUACGGAUUGGUGCAAAGGAACCGACGUCAAAGGAUUAACCCUUGAAACUAAGAAGAUGCAAGAACCACUACGGUCAAUGGCGAUAUUUCUCAAUAUGGAUAUCACAGGAAGCAAGGAAGUGAAAGAAUUCAAAGGGUGUGUUGAAUCAGGAAGGUUUGAGAAGAUAAACGUAUCAAGCACAAUGGUGGAGAGAGUAUGUGCACAUAAAUCAUACUUGAGAAUUGAGAUCACCAUUGAAGCCGACAUACGCCGGACGAUUUGUAACGGCACUACCGCGGCGAAUCUUGCAACCCCCACCGAUCAAAACAAGAUCAAGCUGGACAAUACCCUCUUUAGUGAGGAAACCACCAAAGCCGCCAGAUGUUAAACACCAUGUGAAGAGUCCACCACAACAAAAAUUGUUGGAAGAGUUUCCAAGGGUAAACGGUAAGAAGCAACUGAUGAUGAUGGGAGUCGAAGGGGAAAACAAUCGUAAGUCUCGCAAAAAAGGGGUGAAGGUGAGUUACGACCGCUUAGAUAAUUAUAGGUCUAAGUUUGACAAUGACACCAUCGAUUCUUCAUCUCUGAAGGAUUCAAUCAUCUUUUCCUUUUCUCAAAAAGAAUCACACCGAAAACUAUACUGUGCAGCGAAGAAGAUUCAAAGGGCAUGGGGCUCCACCAUGGUCGGAGAAAUGCCUAAGACAGUCCCUCCACACUUGAAACAGUCAAUUGCCGUCCACCGUAUAGUUACGAUGCCAUCACUGCAGAACGAGUUACGUUGGGUGCUUAUGAUGGAGAAUCCGGGUCGAGUGAAAGAGGGUGAUAGAAGGGCAAACUUGUCUUUAGGUAAGUUGGGUGAAUUCUUUAAUUUAAUGGGUCUGACCCAAGUUGUUGAUAGUUAUGGGGUUCAAGAAAAAUGGGUUUGUAGUAUAUGGGACCCAACCCCAGAAACACCACUUGAGAAUUGGGAAAAAAAUUGUGUUGACCAAAUAUGUUGUGUUUUCCCAUUGCCCCUAACUAGAGCCUUUAUAGAAGUAUUGCAUUUCAAUACUAUUGGGGAAAAAUAUCCUUCAGUUCCAUACUCCACAAGAAAUGGAAGAAAUACUCUUUUAAGUGCCUUACAGAUGGUUACAUAUGCUAUUGCCAAGUGGGUAUAUAACCAUGUCAAGGUACUAAGUGCUUUACAGAUGUCUAUCUAUGCUACUGCCAAGUGGGUACAUACCUUGGAUGGUUCAUGGAAUUCUUUGCUCCCAUCAUUGCAUGGUAAGUCCCAAUUUCAAUAUAGAAAAUUUGAGAAGGCAAUGAAGCAAUCCUCCACAUAUGUUUUGUUCACUCAAUAUCUCUCAAUUUUUCGGGGGCUACUUGAUACACUUAAAAGCUUUAUUUCCUACUUCAUGGAUAUGGAAGCAAAUCAUGUAACCUAUGAAGAAAGUUUAUUCCAAUACACAAAUUAUCAGAGUGCACACCUACAACAUGAGUCCAUGAUAAAUGAGUAUAUGUGCUCUUCCCUCACUGCCAUUUACUUGGUUAGAGCUGCAAAUUUUGUUUUGUUGUUUGGAAACUCUAUAACAAAUGGUGUUGACAUGAUGCUGGAGAGUAUAGGAGAUGCAACCAUAGUUAGGCUGGAAGCAUCAACUAAGCUUGUUAUUCAAGUGAAUCGGGUUGUUGCGAUGGAUGAGGGUCUAUUUCCUCAGCAAGUUGAAAAAAGUAGCAGGCUACGAUGCAAAUGUAGAGCGGGGGAAAUUGUUUGGGUGGUUCAAAGGGUUGAAACCGGAUCAUCAACCUCUGAACAGUGGGACCCAGGUGGAAGGACCCUAAUUUUCAACUAUUGUACAAGGAGAGUUUUUAGAAGAACUACCAUGGGUCAAUUUUUAUUUCAGUGGAAAAGAAUGUUUUUUCAUGAUUGGGUCAAUAUCCCCACCGUUCAGAUCAAUCAUAUGUGUUUUCUUAAACCCACCAUUGGAGGAUGUGUUUAUGGGGCAGCACCAGGUUUUAAAAUCUGGGAGUUUGAAUGGCAGCAACAGUUCGUUGCAACUUUUAUUGUGUUGCUCAAGUAUAGGAUCUAUGGAAAAUGUUCAGGCCCAAACCACACAAGAAUUCAAUACUAUGAGUACACAAAUGUCUCAGCACCAACAAGGGAGGAAGCCUCUAGUGGAACAGCAGAGUUUAUCAAGCAACCAAAAUCUCUGUUCAAUACUGCAGGUUAUAACAAGGCAGCAGCUACUGGAAAGUGAAUUCUUUUUUCUCUGCCUUGAGGACAAGGCACAUUUUAAGGGGGUGGUAUUGUUAGGUACCAAAUAUGUGUGUGUAAGCCCAAUUGGCUUAGGCCCAUUUGGAGUAAUCAAAAGUAGAAGAUUAGAGGAGAUAGUUAGUUACAGGAGAGAGAACGGGUAGAGUUGGUUAUAAAGAGGGUGGAAAGUAAGAGUAUAGGUAUCGGGGAGAAAUCAUUUGUUUUAGUUAUGGACAGAGAAUAUUGUUCUCUGUAGGAGCUUGGCUCUGGGGUAGAUUGGGAUUCUUCCCUUUCUGCAUCUUAUAUUUCAUCAUUAAUCAAAUUCCGUUUAUUUCCUAAAGUUUUACUGUUUUAUUUCUUUAAUUUCUGUUUCGGAAUUUCGGGAUCCUAACAGGUUCUUUGUUUUUUUCUUGCUUGAUUACAUUUGUACAAUUAUAUAUUUGACUUCUAAGAUGAACUUGAGUAGAGUACUUCUGGCUAUGUAAUCUUCUUCUACCUUUCUUGAGUUUUUUUCUCUCUUAAUGUUUCAUAACUGGAUACUUUAGGAGAAUGGAAGGUUCUGGAUUUUUGUUAGAUUUUUUUUGUAAAUGAGAUAUUUUAAAAUAUUGUUUUUG